CUGCUACACGCUAAUCUGCUAAGCGAGGGGUCUCCAUCAGCGGGAGGCGGGGAAGACUGCGGGCAGCAGAAAAGAGGCAGUCAAAUCAAAAGCACCGAACAUUUCCCUGGAGGACCGGGGAGCUCUUCCGCACACUCAACUGUUAUUAGAGAGGCGCAACAAUGUCCGACUUUGACAGCAACCCGUUCGCAGACCCGGACUUCAGCAACCCCUUCCAGGAUCCCUCGGUGACGCAGGUGACCCAGUCUGCCCCUCCUGGUGGUCUGGAGGAAUAUAACCCCUUCACAGACGCCAGAACGGCAACCCCCGGAAAUGCCCCCAAAUCUGCUCCAGCCCCUUCUCAGAACACACAACCUGCCAUCAUGAAGCCCACUGAAGAGCCGCCAGCUUAUUCACAGCAACAGACCCAGCUGCGGCGUAAUGAGGACCAAGCCCGUGCACAGGCUGAGUUGUUGAGAAGGCAGGAGGAGUUGGAGAAGAAAGCAGCAGAGCUCGAUCGUCGGGAGAGAGAGCUACAGUCCCACGGAGCCGGGCGUAAGAACAACUGGCCUCCGCUGCCAGAGAAGUUCCCCGUUGGCCCAUGUUUCUACCAUGAUAUUGCAGUGGACAUUCCCGUUGAGUUCCAGAAGACGGUCAAGAUCAUGUACAACCUUUGGAUCUUUCAUGCAGGCACGCUAUUUGUGAACAUGUUUGGCUGCCUGGCCUGGUUCUGUGUGGAUGCAUCGCGUGGUGUAGAUUUUGGUCUGGCGAUGCUAUGGUUUCUGCUGUUUACCCCCUGCUCUUUUGUCUGCUGGUACAGACCGCUUUACGGGGCAUUCAGGAGUGACAGUUCAUUCCGCUUCUUUGUCUUCUUCUUCGUCUAUAUCUGUCAGUUUGGGGUCCACGUUCUGCAAACUAUUGGCAUCACCGGCUGGGGAACAUGUGGCUGGAUUACUGCUUUAACUGGGCUGAACACCAGUAUCCCAGUGGGCAUCAUCAUGUUACUGAUUGCGGCUCUGUUCACCGCACUCUCUGUGGGCUCGCUCAUUAUGUUUAAAAAGGUGCACGCGCUCUAUCGUACCACUGGUGCCAGCUUUGAGAAGGCUCAGCAGGAGUUUGCAACUGGAGUCAUGUCCAACAAGACCGUUCAGACGGCAGCUGCCAACGCUGCCGCUAAUGCUGCAACCAACGCCGCUCGUGGGGCCUUCAAGGCUCAACCAUAAAUUGACACACUCGCGCGCUCACUUGCACUCAUGCUCACAAAUACAGACAUACACACUCACACUGAAAAGAUGGAGAUGCACAGCUCUGGCCCUUGCUGAUUCUCAGAUCAAAUUGAUUUUAAUUAUGAAUGUUGUAAUGCUACGAUUGCCCGGCACACUUUGCUAAAAAAGAAUGGAAUUAAUAGUCAGUUGCCCAGAGCUGUCCAUCCUCACUUGAGUAAAAACUCUUCUACAUCCAGCCUGUCUGCUCUCCAGUCAGGUGACUUGUCUGCUCACAUCCCUUGAAAACAUCCACUUAGUGACUUAAAGUGUGCUGCGAGUGUGUGGGAUUUCAUCUCUCCCACUCUCCCACUCGCUCCUUUGCUUUCCCUCGUCCCUCUGUCCCGCUGAGGUGAUCCCAGGUCAGGGCAGACAUGACAGUUCUCUAGCUAUGUGUUAUUUUUCUGUCACGUUAUUGACUUCCAAACAGCUUCCUGUCUGUUUUAAACAGUAUACAGUCAUGAAAAGUGAUAAUCUGAUCAUGGUGUUUUGCACACAAGUCUGUUUUCUUGGUCACUUCCUGACAGUACAGUAUAUGUCUGAAUGGCUGUGGCUGUGUGAAGGUGUACUUCACGUUUAGAAAAUUGUGGUUCUGACAUUUUUAUUUUUUUUUUAAUAAUCCAGUGCUUGAUCGUAGAGAUAUGAAAGGAUGAAUUUUUCCAUUGUACUAUAUCAGUGCUUUUAUCUUUAAGACUAUACCAUUCUCAUUAUGGUAAAACUUAAUUCUUAUAAAGAGGAUUACAUGUGUACGUUCUUAUCCAAGGACCUGUCCACAGCCCCAGAGCUCCGUUGACGCCCGUCAGUUGAAACGUUUCCCUCUCUGUGUGCGCCUCUGACAUGCAGAGCCGGCUGGGUCGGCAUCUCUGCAGCUUACUAAGAUCUGACGGCAUGAAAACGGCAUGCAUGUUUAGCACACUCGAGGUAGAAGCCAUUCUGUCUGUUCUCCUGCCAGCCUUGCCUCAGGAAACAGGGUGGUAGCUGGUCUGGGAGAAUAAAUGUCUACCUAUUUAUUUUCCAUCAGUGUCUGCGUGAAGCGAGCUGUAAAGUUCCUGCAUGUCUAAGUGGCUGUGUGAAUGAUUGACGAUGUUUGGAUCUAUUUGUGAAGACGCACCGAAAACACCCAGGUCAGCAGGUCACCAGCUUCUUAACACAAAUGUCACAGCAAAACUAAAAGGGGAGAAGACCUGAGAAAUUAUAAUUACAUCUUUAUGUUUAAUGUAUGUGUGACAUUAACUGUGUGGCUCCCCCUCAGUUGGGUUUUUGUCGCCCCUUCACACUAACGCUGCUAUGAAUCCGAGAGCCGCUCGGUGGUGGCCUCCUGCUGUCGAAAAGGACACCAACCAUAACAUAGUGAUAACAUGAGAGAAGUGACCUGCCUUUUCUCACUGGAGAUGACCUGGACAUUGAUAAAGCUAUGAUUUGUUUCCUGAGAUUAUCCUGUAUGCAUAAAAUAGUUAAACACUGACACUUAACAGGCCGACAAAGCCAGUCCACUGAUUCUCCUCUGGCAUCAGAUGAGUCAGUAGCCAGAAGAGAACUUAAAGAGAAGAGAGGAUUGGAUGUGACACACAUCCAGUGAUAUCACUAAGAUAUAUUAAUUUAUAAACAAAGAUAACAAGUGUUAUUCAGCGCCAAGUUGUACAGACUACUGUCGUUGAUGUGAAAUAUGGUCGCGGGUUACGUGUGUGUGAGUGUCUGAGGAUGUGUACGACUAGACGACUGGCGACUGGUAGUGCUGUUAUUCCAGUACAAACGUGUACCAUCCUAACUCCUGUGAGUUCUACCAAGGUGGAGAUCAAUACGUCGUCAUGAAAUGGUAAAGCCCACAUCUUGGCAGCAUUGUUUUUGUUUUUAUUUUUGGAAAUGUCCUGUUAUAUAAUUCAUUGCACAUUUCUUGUUUUGCGUUACAACUUAGUGCAAAAGAAAAAAAACAUGUUUUUAUUUAUGGCGUAAUUUAAGUUGUUUGGUUUGAUUUUACAUUAUGUUUAAUGUUUGUGCGUGUUUUUUAAUGACAUGAUCAUAGCAUACGCUAGAUUUAAAAAAGUGUCCAAUGACUUGAUCCUGUGCUUGUGCAUAUGAAGGUGUGUCUAUGAUUGGUAGGAAGGAAAAACAAAAUCUCCCUCAAGUGUUAUUCCAUGUCCUGAAAAGCUGUGAGAGAUCUACCAAAUGUCCAUAUAGAUUUGUUUUUAAAUCUUGGUUAGUGGUACCUUUGCCAUGUUUUCCCUAAUAGUAUUACGCAACUUAUCUUUGCUGCACACACCCACGUGUUUUCCGUGUAUCUAUAGUUUGAAGCAGUUGUAUGACGCCAUGCCUCAGUGAGUAAUUUGUAGAUGUAUUUGACGAGCGGGUCUGCAGCACAGAAUGUGUUUUGUCGAGGUUUGCUGACACAAAACUGUGUGUUUGACCUGUGACCGUGUUAUUUAACUGAAUCAGAGAAAGAAACUCAUUGAAAAGGGACACUUGUAUAUUUUGUAAAAAAAAAAAAAAAUUUGAUCCCCACUAUCAGUCACGUGUAAAAAGGAAAUGUAAUGCACUCUUGUCUGGCCUUUGUCGCAUGUGAAAUAGUUUGAGUUUUGUAUAUUUAUGGUAUUAACAUGAAAUAAAGAAAUGUUUGAGGAUUAA